AUGACACUCCAAUUUCCAUCUUUUCAUGAAAAAAAACUUCCUAGUGAUAUCAAACUUGUUUGGCCAGAAGUAAAUUCGCACGAUACCAACAUUCUUGAUCGAAUUACAGGUUCACUUGUUGGUCUGGCAAUAGGAGAUGCACUUGGAGCGAGCGUCGAAUUUCGCCCUCAUCAGUAUCUUGUCGCCUAUCCUGUUACUGACAUGGUAGGUGGCGGGACAUGGGGUUUACAAGCAGGUCAGUGGACCGAUGAUACUUCAAUGGCUUUAUGCCUUGCUUCAUCACUUAUCACUCAAAAAGGCUUCAAUCGUUAUGAUCAAAUGGUUCGUUAUAAAUGGUGGUAUAAAUAUGGAUAUUUAUCUUCAACAGGGCAGUGUUUUGACAUUGGUAAUGCAACACGUACUGCAUUAGAAGAGUUUUAUCGUCGUCAGAUGCAACUGAAGAAAGAUUAUAACUAUCAAACAGAAUUUGAGGUUGAUCAAUUGCUCCCGGAUUUUAUUAAGCGUGUACAGUUUAAUGUCAAUUGUAGUGAAGAAGGCGUUGCUGGAAAUGGAGCUCUUAUGCGUCUUGCUCCUGUACCACUUUUCUUUUGUCGACAACCUCCUGUGGCUGUCGAGUAUUCAGGCCAAAGUGCUCGUCUUACACAUGGUGAUAACGUAGCUUUCGAUGCAUGUCGUUACUAUGGAGCUCUGAUCGUUGCUGCUGUUAAUGGUGAACAGAAAGAAAGUUUAAUCAGCGAUCAAUUUUAUGAUCGUCAUCAAAGUUGGUUUAGUUCGAAGCCACUUCAUAAUGACAUUAUCCAUAUCGCAAAAGGAUCUUUUAAACAACCAGGAGGUUAUAAAGAUGGAAUUCGCGGUAAAGGACACAUUGUUUUGGCACUUGAAGCAGCGUUGUGGGCAUUUUGGAGUGCAGAUACAUUCGAAAAAGGUGCAUUCAAUGCUGUGAAUCUAGGUGAUGAUACAGAUACUACAGCAGCUAUUUAUGGUCAAUUAGCAGGUGCCUACUAUGGUUAUCACAAUAUCCCAACACAGUGGAUACAUAAAUUAUAUGCUAAUCAAUUAAUCGUAUGCGUCGCUGAAUGGAUAGAGUAUCUGGGUUGUUUAAAGAGUCAAUUGCCCGAACAACCAAAACCAAACCAUAUUAGAAAUCAGCUGUCCAUUUCAUCAAUACAACCUUGCUAUGUGAAUACGGCAGAUUCGACACGACCAAUGCCAUCCGUUAAUGGAAAAAAACCCGAACGAAAAUCUCAUCAUAGGCGCUCCAACUCUGUUCCAAGACGCCUAGGCUUCAUUGAAACUAUUCUUUCAUGUGGCGGACGGAGAAAACCUAAGAAUCGAACCAAAGAAAAACAGACAUAA